CUUGACCAUCUCUGGAGACUGUCAGAAUGGAUGACAUGGGUCGGCAUGGGGAUGACUGGGACGGCAGCGAGGGGGACGGCAAUGCAUGGGGCGGUGAAGGACAUGGCGGAUCCCCUGGCUUCGCCACUGGCCGCCCGCUUACGUGGCGAUCCGCGGUGUGCCGCUCCGUGCCGAGGGGCCUCCUCCGGGCGACGAGAGUGCACGCGGUCCCCGCGCCCGUGCGCGAGCGGCUGCGCCGCGGGCGGGGCGCCACGCGAGGGAGAUCGCGCAGGCGCACCGAUGCAGUACGCGCCCUCGGUGCCGCAGCCGGUCUUCGGGCUCCAGAUCCACGACCCCCACAUGGCGCGCCUGACGCGACGGGUGUUGUUGGUGUCCAUCGUCUCCGGGGUGCUGGCGGUGUUUAACGCCAUCCGAUCUAGCGGCGGAGAACCCGCCUACGCCACCCUGUUCGGCAUCUUCUUCGCCCUGCUGGUGCCAGCGUGCGGGUACUUCGGCGCCAAGAGGAGCGACGAGACACUGACGUGCUGCUUCUGUGGCUGCAACUUAUUGUCCGCGGUCUUUCAAAUCAUAGCGCUGGUUGGUACCUAUCUCGCUGCCAAAAGUUUAGAAUACCUGGCAGAGUCCUGCAAAAGCAUACAGUCCAGCAGCUGCGAGCCCCAGAUUCGCGAGCAAUUCGAGGCGAUUUGCAAGCAGAAGGGACAGAGCUUCAACAACCAUGAUUGCUACAACUACAUCGAGAAGACCGUGGUCCCCAACCUGAACAGUAUCCUGACGUCUCUUGUCAUCAUCGCGGUCCCCACAAUCCUGCUCUACUGCAUGGGAUUCUGCUGGGGCAACCAGCUCUACCGGAAGAUCAAGGAGGGCCACGUGGUGGUCCCGCUGCCGGAGGCGGCCGCCCCCAUGACCGUGCGCGCCGUUCAACCGCUGCCCGCCGCCCAAACCGCCGCGCAGUUCCCCGUGCAGCCCUCCGCCCCGCCCGCGUCGUUCCGCUCCCAGGUCUGAGCCCCCGCGGCAGGGCGCGUGGGCCGUUGUUCCUGUGGUGGGUGUCGUGAUGAGGGGCUAGCAACGGAAACAGCACCUGCCUCCCCUUAGGCGCGGCCGCGCGAGGGCCGAGGGGCGCCGCGCGCGGACCGCGAGAGCGCGCGUCGCUCUCGAUUCCCAGAGCAACGAGGAGGCCCUCGUGGCCAUCGUCGUUGGCCACCGGCGUCCUCCACCUCUCCCGUCCUCCUCUUGGCAUCGCUUGGACGUGGGCACUCUUCUCGGCGAGGGCCCUCGAGGAACAUCUUGGCCCAUCCUGCGAACAGUUAAUUCAUGCACGAAGCCGAAGAGUGCACGGGGAACGGACGUCAGAGCGGUGGCAUCCUCCUUCGCGCCAUAUGGG